AUGGGAAACCAAAACAACGUGACUGAAUUCAUUCUUUUGGGUCUUACAAAAAACCCAGAGCUGCGGAAAAUAUUUUCUACUGUAUUUCUCAUCAUGUAUGUGACCACCAUGUUGGGAAACCUACUCAUUGUGGUAACUAUGACUGCAAGUCAGAGUCUGAGGUCACCUAUGUAUUUUUUUCUUACUUACUUGUCCCUAACCGAUGCCAUCUUUUCUUCUGUCAUCACCCCCAAGAUGAUUGUGGAUUCCUUCUCUGAGCGUACUACCAUCUCCCUUGAAGGCUGCAUGACCCAGCUCUUUGCAGUACAUUUCUUCGGUGGGGUGUCAAUCAUCCUUCUCAUUGUGAUGGCCUAUGACCGCUAUGUGGCCAUCUGUAAGCCCCUGCACUACAUGAGUACCAUGAGUCCUCGGGUGUGCUGCCUGCUGCUGGGAGGGGUCUGGGUGGGAGGAUUUUUGCAUGCAAUUACACAGCUCCUCUUCAUGUACCAAAUACCUUUCUGUGGUCCCAAUGUCAUUGAUCACUUUAUGUGUGAUUUGUUUCAACUGCUGACACUGGCCUGCAUGGACACCCACAUCCUGGGCUUCUUGGUCAUCCUCAAUAGUGGGGUGAUGUGUGUGACCAUCUUUCUUAUCCUCAUUGUCUCCUACAUGAUCAUCCUCUGCUCCUUGAAGUCUUGUAGCUCUGAAGGGCGACACAAAGCCCUGUCUACCUGUGGCUCCCACCUCACAGUGAUCGUCUUGUUCUUUGUGCCAUGCAUUUUCUUCUAUGUAAGGCCUGUGGCCACUUAUCCCAUAGACAAGGCAAUGGCUGUGUCGGAUAUCAUCACACUCAUGUUAAAUCCCUUAAUCUACACCCUGAGGAAUGCAGAGGUGAAAAAUGCCAUGAAGAAACUUUGGAUUCAAUGAGAGACUUUAGUUGGCAAGUAACUGUCUUCAUGCCGCUAGCAUUAUGAGUUUCCCAAUAAAGAGCGUCAUUUUCUCCAAGAUGUGUGAGAAAUAAAACUGCCCAUGUUCCAGAAGAAUCCGGAGAUAUCUUUUAAAAAUAUAAGUCUGAUUUAUUAUUUAGGGUAUUUACAAUAUAGAGAUUAUGAUACUCUUUUCUUUUAUACACUUCCUCAGCUUCCCACUGCCUUUGGAAAUUUCUUUCCUUGUUCUAGAAUUUCCUGGUUAAUCUGAUGACAGUCUCUACCUUCCCCA